GAAAAAAUCAAAAUGAACAAUUUUGUACUAUAUUUAAUCCUGAUUCUAGCUAUAAUUUUAAAUGGAGUCUCCAUCACAACUGCUGCGAAUGAAAAUGAGACUGUCAUAGUGGAUCAAGAAAUGGAACAAGAAUACGGGUCGUUUACGAAUAGAAUUGUCAAUCCAUUGAUAGAUUAUAUACGAGAACUUGAAGCUGAGUUGGAUAAAAGAAAACUCAAAGAUAAAGAAAUAAAAGAUUUAAAAGAAAAGUUGAUUAAACAUGAAUCAAAUGAAGCGAUCAUCAAAGAACUAAGAUCGCAGAUUGUUGAUCUUCAUAAUAGUUGUAACGACUUUAGAAAGGAGUUAGUUAAUAAUACUCUGCAGUUGGAAAUGUGCGAAAAUCAGCUAAGGACGCUUAACUCUAGUAUUAUUGAGAAUGGCAAAGUUAUGACGAAUCUAACAGUCAGGGAUAAUAAAGGGGCUAUUAGUCUAAACACAACCCUCUUGCAAUUAGAGAAUAAUCAAGACAAUGUAUUAAAAGAGGAGUUGGAUCCUCGACUAUGUCAAAUAGAUGUUAGUUAUCCAUUUGCAAAAUCUUUGGGGAUUCGUACAAUUAAUGUUCCCGGAAUAGAUUCAUUCGAUGUUCAGUGCGAUAGCGCGACAAUCGGAUUUGGAUGGACAAUAAUCCAACGGCGUUUUAAAGAAGAUGUCAAUUUUAAUAGAAAUUGGGCUUCCUACCGUGAAGGUUUCGGCACUUUUGCAGGUGACUUUUUUCUAGGUUUGGAAAAGAUACAUCGACUAACAAACUCUGGACGCUACGAGCUCUACGUGCAUAUGGAGGACAGUCUUGGAAAAAUCGUUCACUCUCGAUAUGAUAACUUUAAAAUUGCUGGUGAAGACGAUGAUUACGUACUGAGCAGUUUGGGUCAGUUCACUGGGAAUUCCGAUCAGAUGAGACGCUUUGAGCACAUGAAAUUUUCCACGUUUGAUCACGACAGAGAUUCUUUGGAAAAUGGCAAUUGUGCUGUUAUGUGGGUGUCUGGUUGGUGGCAUGGCGAUUGCCGAUCAAAUAAUUUAAAUGGCGUAUGUGCGAAUACAAAAAAAUGUGGUGCCAUUUAUUCAGGAGUUAAAAUGCUUAUACGACCAAAAGAAGAAGUGAAAAUAAAAAAGUAAUGAUUAUAAUAAA